AUGAAAUCUAUCACCAUUCUUUCUCUUUUUGCUUCCCUCGUUCUUUCUUCCCCAAUCGCUGUACCCGCCUCUGCGCCGGCGGAUGCACCCCAGCCCAUUACACUCGAAGCUCGCCAGUCAAGCGCUACUCGCAAUGAGCUGGAGAGCGGCAGUAGCGCUGCUUGCCCAAGAACCAUCUUCAUCUUUGCAAGAGGCAGCACUGAAGCUGGCAACAUGGGCGCCUUAGUUGGUCCUUUCACAGCCAGCGCUCUCGAAAGCGCAUAUGGAGCAUCCACUACCUGGAUUCAGGGUGUAGGCGGCCCAUACACUGCUGGUAUUGCGGAAAACACGCUUCCAGCCGGUACCUCCCAAGCCGCCAUCCGCGAAGCCCAACGUCUCUUCAACCUUGCUGCGAGCAAGUGCCCCAACACGCCCAUCACUGCAGGUGGAUACUCUCAAGGCGCUGCCGUCAUGUCGAACGCUAUUCCUGGUCUGAGUGCUGCUGUACAGAACCAGAUCAAGGGCGUAGUGCUGUUUGGCUACACCAAGAACCUUCAAAAUGGCGGAAGAAUCCCCGGCUUCCCAACCAGCAAGACUAGGGUCUACUGCGAGACUGGCGACUUGGUCUGCACUGGAACACUCAUCAUCACACCUGCGCAUCUCCUAUACUCGGAUGAGGCUGCUGUACAGGCACCCAUCUUCUUGAGGGCUCAGAUUGCGUCCGCAUAG